AUGCAGAGAAGAGGACUGCUGGUUAACGCUAUGAAUAUCACUAUCGGCAAGAAAAGCCAUGAAGAUUACUAUCGCCAAGCAAUUAAUAGGAUCUACUUGUUCAAGCCGUUCACACAGAGGUGAGUGUGCCUUUCCGGUAAGUCAGAAAACGAUUUAUUACGCGUGUUGUUGCCUUAGUUUCACCGUAAAAGCGUGAUGGCAUUUUAGAGUUAAGUUAUCACUUUUGCGUAAUACUUUCAAGAUGGGGAGAAGAGGACUGCUGGUUAACGCUAUGAAUAUCACUAUCGGCAAGAAAAGCCAUGAAGAUUACUAUCGCCAAGCAAUUAAUAGGAUCUACUUGUUCAAGCCGUUCACACAGAGGUGAUUGUGCCUUUCCGGUAAGUCAGAAAACGAUUUAUUACGCGUGUUGUUGCCCUAGUUUCACCGUAAAAGCGUGAUGGCAUUUUAGAGUUAAGUUAUCACUUUUGUGUAAUACUUUGAAGAUGCAGAGAAGAGGACUGCUGGUUAACGCUAUGAAUAUCACUAUCGGCAAGAAAAAGCCAUGAAGAUUACUAUCGCCAAGCAAUUAAUAGGAUCUACUUGUUCAAGCCGUUCACACAGAGGUGAGUGUGCCUUUCCGGUAAGUCAGAAAACGAUUUAUUACGCGUGUUGUUGCCCUAGUUUCACCGUUAAGCGUGAUGGCAUUUUAGAGUUAAGUUAUCACUUUUGUGUAAUACUUUGAAGAUGCAGAGAAGAGGACUGCUGGUUAACGCUAUGAAUAUCACUAUCGGCAAGAAAAGCCAUGAAGAUUACUAUCGCCAAGCAAUUAAUAGGAUCUACUUGUUCAAGCCGUUCAUACAGAGGUGAUUGUGCCUUUCCGGUAAGUCAGAAAACGAUUUAUUACGCGUGUUGUUGCCCUAGUUUCACCGUAAAAGCGUGAUUUCAUGUUAAAGUUUAGUGUUUUUUACUGGUAUUUUUACUGCUCAGUAUAAUACGAAGGGUGAGAUUCUACUUUUCUUGUGACUCUCCAAGAAACCCCGGGAGCCGGUAAUCCUGCUUUUCAGAGUUUACUAUUAGAGGUAAGUUAUCACUUUUGUGUAAUACUUUCAAGAUGGAGAGAAGACUGUCGGGAAGACUGUCUUCGACUGUCUCGUAGCAUCCAAAGUUCAUCCAGAAGGUGCGCUAGCUAAGUCCUUAGCCGAAACAUGACUGAUUUUGCGAGAAGCAGAAUGACUACUCUAUGGCCAUAUCUGUGCCAAUUGAAGUGCUGGGUAAUGGUCAAUGCGCGGCAACAGCUUGAAUUAAAAAUUGGCGAACAGUUCCAAGAAGUACGGAGAUUGUUCAUAAUUAAGUGGAAGUGUGGCCUGAACGAUGUACUAAUACACUACAGCAAGGAAGCCCUGCCAAACGACGCCACGCUCAAAUCGCUGGAAAUUAAGGCGCUGACGUUGCCGUACCCGGUGUUCGAGGCGCAUCGAUGGGGAAGUCAGAAAAAGGUGAUCACGAUUGAGACUCUGCCGGAUCACAUCCUGUCAAGAUGA